UAAGUUUUCAUUUACGAGUAGGUACCCACCUAGUUCGUUGUUUUCACGAUGUGGAUUACAUACUUACUUGAAAUUCUCAGCUCAAUUACCUACUUGUUUAGUUAAAUUUUUAAAAAUUUCGUGAGCUGGUGAGAUUUAUUGUAUGGUUAUAGACGCUACAUUUAUUUGAUAAAAUAUUUUGUUUCGGGUUAACUUAUUGAAUUUUUUUCAAAGCAAUCGAUUAGAAUGUGUGAUGUACGGAAUUUUUAUGCCAAUAAAACCCUAUUCGUUACCGGAGGAACUGGUUACAUGGGACAAAUGUUGCUUUCGAAAUUGUUGUGCUCGUGUCAGGAAUUACGCUGCAUCUAUGUAUUAAUUCGAGAAAAGAACGAAAAGAUUAGCACAAGUCAAAGAGUGGAAAACAUCAUUAAUGAUCCGAUCUUUGAACAUGCCAAAGAAUUACACUCCGAUUUGGACACCAAAAUCAGACCAAUAAAAGGAGACUGCACGGAGGAAGAUUUAGGUAUUUCCCAAACAGAUCGAGAAAUCAUAGAAAAAGAAGUAGAAAUCAUAUUUCAUACAGCUGCCACCGUCAAAUUCAAUGCUCCCUUAAGAGAAGCAACUUACAUUAAUAUCAGAACCUUGAAUGUUUUAUUAGACAUGGCGAAAAAUAUGAAAAACUUGAAGGCUUUCGUGCACGUUUCAACUGCAUUUUCUCCGAUAAUCAGGACGAAAAUCAUAGAAGAAAAAUUUUACGACCCCCUUUUCAAAGCUGACAAAUUUCUAACAUUGGUGGAAUGCAUUGACGAUUCAGUUUUGGAUGAACUUACGCCGAUAUUAAUAAAACCUUUUCCAAAUACCUACGUGUUUACGAAAUCAAUCGCCGAAGAUUUAUGUCGAGAAAAAGGCUCCGGAAUACCUUUAUGCAUUUUCAGACCAGCAGGAAUUAUAUCCUGUUUCAAAGAACCUCUUCCAGGAUGGAUAAAUAAUGCCUAUGGUAGUGUCGGAUACUAUUAUGGUAUUGCAAUUGGCGUCUUAAAAGUAGCAUAUACAAGAGUACACUCAAAUGCACCUGUCGUUCCUGGAGAUUUUACUAUAAAUGCGUGCAUCCUCUCAGCAUAUCACGUAAAUAAAUCUUGGGAGAAUCGACCGAACGAUGGAUCGAAUUUCAAUAUACCUAUAAUAAAUUAUAGCAAUUGUUUCACCAAGUUUGCACUUACUUGGAAAAGCUUUUUGGACAGAGUUAAGAAAGGCGUGAAAAAAUAUCCUUUUUACAGUAUGGUUGCAUUGCCCAGUGUUGUACUUAUCAGUAAUUCAAUUCUUUAUCGAUUAGUAACAUUCAUCUACUGGAUCCCAGCAAUCAUCCUCGACUCACUUCUAAUGAUUUUUUGCAAAAAGCCUAGAUUUAGAAAAUUGUAUCACAGAGUAUUAGAGUUCGUCGAUCUACUGGCACCAUUUAGCUUGGGAGAAUGGACCAUAAAAAUUGGUAACAUCAAUCAAAUACAUUCGAGGUUAUCUGAAAAAGACAAGGAAAUAUUUUACUGCGAUUUGGACGAGCUGAAUAUAGAGGAAUACUUUGAAAUUUUUAUUCUGGGGAUGCGUCGAUAUUUGGCCAAAGAGAAUGAUGACACUUUGCAGAAAGCUUUUAGAAAACGUCGAAGAUUUAUAAUUUUGAAUUACGUUCUCGCUACUGUCGUAAUCGUGAUAUUUGUGAGCGUAUUGAUGAGAUUAUUUUAGUUUUGUUCCGAUGAAAUAUAUUCGUACUUAUCUAUGUAAUUGAAUCAAUGUGAAUAAACCAUAAUGCUGGAGAA